AUGGGUGUUCCAUCGCUAUUCAGAUGGCUAUCUCGAAAAUAUCCCAAGAUUAUUUCUCCGGUGAUUGAAGAAGAGCCCGUUGUCGUAGGAGACAUAGAGCAGCCUAUUAAUUACGCGGGCGCAAACCCUAAUGGAGAGCUUGAUAAUCUUUACUUGGAUAUGAACGGUAUUGUUCAUCCUUGUUCACAUCCAGAAAACAAGCCUCCUCCAGAGACUGAGGAUGAAAUGAUGCUUUCAGUGUUUGAAUAUACAGACAGAGUGCUCAGAAUGGCUAGACCGCGGAAAGUAUUGGUGAUUGCCGUAGAUGGUGUAGCCCCUCGUGCCAAGAUGAAUCAACAGCGAUCUAGACGGUUCAGAUCAGCCAAGGAGGCUAAGAUAUCUAACGAGGAGAAAGAACGGGAAGUGCAAGAGAUGGAGGACCGUGGUGAAGUGAUUGACGAAGGUAUCAAAAAAAAAAGAACAUGGGACUCUAAUGCCAUUACCCCCGGUACUCCAUUCAUGGAUAUCUUGGCCACCUCCCUACGAUACUGGAUAGCAUAUAAGUUGGCGAAUGAUCCUGGUUGGGCUGAAUUGCAGGUGGUGAUCAGUGAUUCCUCCGUUCCAGGUGAAGGUGAGCACAAGAUUAUGAACUUUAUAAGAUCCCAGAGGUCUGACCCGGAAUACAAUCCUAACACUACCCAUUGUAUUUAUGGAUUGGAUGCAGAUUUAAUUUUCUUGUCAUUGGCUACACACGAGCCUCAUUUCAGAGUAUUGAGAGAGGAUGUUUAUGCCAAUGAUCAGAUCCAGAGAAAGCUCAAGAACUCCGAUCGGUUUGGCAUGGAUGAAGAAACCAAGAAGCAGUUGCAGAAAGUAGACAAGAAGAAGCCUUUCAUCUGGCUUCAUAUUGGCAUUUUGCGCGAGUAUUUGGCGGUCGAGCUUUCAACACCUAGACUCUCAUUCAAGUUCGACUUAGAAAGAGCAAUUGAUGAUUGGGUGUUUGUGUGCUUUUUCUGUGGUAACGAUUUUUUACCUCAUUUGCCAUGUCUUGACGUGAGAGAUAGUAGUAUUGAUACGUUGGUGUCUAUUUGGAAAAGAAUCAUGCCUACCAUGAAAGGUUAUAUCACUUGCGAUGGUGAAUUAGACCUUUCAGCGGUCGAACAAUUGCUAAGUGAAUUGGGAAAUCUGGAAGAUGAUAUCUUGAGAAAAAAGCAUGACAAGGACAGACGUAGAAAUGACAAUUUCAAAAGACGCAGAGUGGAUAAAAGUCAACAGAGUGUUCUGAAAAACGAGCUUCUUAAAACGGUGUCUAAGGGUCACGACAAUGCUCCUUUGAUGCCAUCGCAGAACAUGGUGCUCACAAGCUUGAACACGGGAAAAACAUCAGGGGGGUUACAGAUGACCAACAGUGAGAUCAUUAAGAACCUUAAUUCGAUUUCCAAAGCCAAUACUGCCAAUAAGAGCGUGGCGGAAAUUCUAAAGCAAAAUAUGGUGAGAAAUGCCGUUGCAGGUGCUGAUGGAAAUGCAGAGAAUACUGAUGGCGCUAAUGCUGAUGGAAAUGUCGCAUCAGGUGAGCCAAUUGAUGUUUCGGAAGACUCGAAAAAGAGAGAUUCGACUUCGGCAUUCCCUUCAUCUUCUUCAGAGAUUACUUCUGACUCUGAGAGCUCCAUGGAAAAUAUUGAUAAUAACGAUGAUUCUAUUAGAAUGUGGGAAGAUGGUUAUAGAACACGGUACUAUCAAACAAAGUUUCAUACAAAUGACGAAGAAGAGAUUAAUGGUAUUCGCAGGAAGAUGGUUGAAGGAUACCUUGAAGGAAUAUCGUGGGUUUUACUAUAUUAUUACCAAGGUUGUCCGUCGUGGAAUUGGUACUAUCCUUUCCAUUACGCACCCUUUGCGUCUGAUUUCACGAAUUUGGGUGAAGUUAAGGUGUCGUUCGAUUUGGGUUCACCUUUCAGGCCGUUUGAACAAUUGAUGAGUGUUUUACCUGCAGCUUCGAAGCACAACCUUCCAAAUGUGUUUGGACCUUUAAUGUGUAACGCGGAUUCCGAAAUUAUUGAUUUCUACCCUGAGGAGUUUCAAAUUGAUAUGAACGGUGCCAAGAUGGCCUGGCAGGGCAUUUCCUUACUUCCGUUCAUUGAUGAAAAACGGUUGCUUAAGGCUGUUCGAUCAAAAUAUGAUGAGCUGACUCCAGAAGAGGUGGAGAGAAAUAGUUUGAAACACGAGAUCCUAUUUGUGGGGCGCCAGAACAAGCAUUUUGAGAGAUUUAAGACCUUGUACAACUCUGAGACGGAAGAAUGUGCCGAGCUUAUGUUUCAUGGACGUAAAACAGGAUUAGCUGGUACAAUUCUCCCCUCGAAGGAGUACGAUCCGAAAAGUGUUCGGAAAUUUCCACUGAUAGUUUCUUCUGAGCUGGAAGGAGAAAACUAUAUUGAUGUUCCUAACAGCACGUACUUAGAAGUUAGCUACAGAAUGCCCCCAAAGGUUCAUGGUAAAUCUAUGUUGUUGAAUGGCUUUAUUCCCCAGCUUGUUAUUCUAACUGAAGAAGAUAAGGACCGUGUUAGACACGCUUAUGGUAGAUUUCAAAGGGGUGGCCGAUUUGAAGUUACUAAUGAAAUUGAUUAUAGCCAGUACGUUGGACCUUAUGGCAAGGCAAUGUAUUCAUUUAGGCCUGGUGGUUAUAAAAGCUAUCUUGAGAUGUACAAGUACAACUCAGAUCGCUACCAGCAGACUCUACAGUUUAACAGAUACAACGAGCAGCAGCGGCAUCUGAAUAAUGCACAGGGAUCUCAGGGAAGUCGAGGUUAUCAGGGAGGAUAUAGUGAGGAAAAUCAGGGUAAUCAAGGAGGAUAUCGAGGGGGUUACCAGGGUGGCUAUAACCAAAGCUCCAAUGGCUAUGAUGGAUAUCGUGGAGGACGUGGAGGACGCGGGGGACGCGGGGGACGUGGAGGACGAGGCUCUGGAUACGGCUCUGGAUACAAUCAAGGAGGAAGUACUGGUCGUGGUGGGUACGGAAAUCGUGGAGGUUAUAACAACUACAAUCGCGGUAAUCACGGCAACUAUAACAACAGAUAA